UCAAUGAACCCAGAUAUUCUUUAGAACGUUAAUUUCUCAACAUUCCCGUCACACCGGUGUGACUGUACUCCUUUAAGAGAUAAUCUGUGGGAGGCCAUUGUAGUAUGUGUCUUUCCCGAGGUCAGCCCUCAUUGAUGUCAUCAACUUGUUUCAUGUUUUCUCUUCACAUUCUGUGUCUUCUCUUUGCUACUUUAAUAAAUAUACUACAAAUGUUCACAAAGGUUUACAGCUUUACUGUUGUGGUUGUUUCCUGCUGUGCAGGAUCUAUGGUUGGGUAGUAAUGUUGUGUUUAACAGUUGUUGGCAGACAGUUUACAUGGAGUGUCUUUUUAGAUACCAGGUACACCAUGCAAUGUGUGUUACAGUAGCUACAGUUUAGUUUCAUCCUAACUAGCCUGGAAAGCAGGACAGUGUAGGGUGGCUACAUAUCAGUUUCUAAUAUGUCAAUGCCUACCUUCUUUCCUCCUUAUUUUCCUUCCAUCUUUUACUUCCAAGCCUUUCCAAUGGAUACAAAUAUUUUUACUUCUUCAGUUACCCAGCUGCUUCAUCAGAAUUUUUUUUUUUUUUGUCAUAUGGCAGAAUCGUUGUAUUGUGAUUAGGACUGUGGAAUAAUGAUUAUUUGGUUGAUUAACGUGUCAUUUGCAGUCAGUUUAGUUUGUAGUUAGUCAGAUUAGUUGUUUGGUGUAGACAAUUAUGAUAAUAGAUAUUCAGUUCACUGUUGUUGAGUAAGAAACCAAAAAAAAAAAAAUCAGAAUUGUAUCAAUUGUUUAUUUAAAGUUUACUCAAACCGAUUGAUGAAUUAUCAAAAUAGUUAGUGAAUAAUAGUUAAUCUAAACUAAUCGAUUCAUUUUUGCAGCUCUAAUUGUGAUCUAGGCAUCUUGGGCAAUGUGAUUCCCACCCCUACUAUAAUCAUCAAUUGAUGAUGAUCUGUGUUCACUUCACUUUCAAUUUUUAGGUUCAAGUCUGCCAAGUAUGCCCCCAUCAAUUGGGGUGAUGAAGGACAGGCAGUAAAGGAAUUGAUGUUGGCCAUAUUUGGGAGAGCACUUUUCACUAUUCACAGUAGGGAUGUAAUGCCUUCUCUGUAAAGGAGCUGAAGUAACAAUCCAAGAAAGGCUUAUAAGAUGUAUAAGACAGAAGCACACUAAGCUUCAUUAGAGCCAUCUAUGACAUUCUUACCCAGUAACCAGUAGCUUGCGAAGGACCCAUUGAUUAUUUUCGCUUUGACAAACACUAGCAACCCUACAGCACAUACCCAAGUGCUGCAAGGCCAGCCUCAUCCAAGGAGACUACACCUGGAGGCAUAACCAGAUGCUUUGGCAACUUGGGCUGGUGCUAAAGGAAAGGAGGACUAACAACAAUGCCCUCUUUCGCAACCCUGGGCCUUUUGGAAGCAGGAAAAAUAUCAAAGAGGGCAACUGCAGGAAAGAAAUCAAGCCUAAUGAAUGAACUCCAAGACUGAGAGAUGAUGGUGGAUCUAGACCAGAGAUCUUUAUAACUAGUCCCAAGCCAUAUCAGAUCUGUGUUCAGCCUCACAAAAAUGUUGGUGCUGUUGGUGUUACAGAGGAAUGCUGUUUAUGAACAGAACAACUGUAGCCUAAUCCAAUCUAGCAACUGAAGCAACACAAAAAGGCUUGAAAACACAUUGACAUUUGUGGCCAUGUCAACUACCAAACUUCUUAAAGGGACAUGAGUCUGAGGGCAGAUCCCUGACAUGGUUUGAGGUUGCUAUAUUCCCAGUGAAGCAGCAACUGGCUCUGGCUACUGGCAGUUUACUCUGAUGCCCUAAAUGUUUCCAGAUGGAAAAAUCCUGAAUUUUCCUGUAUGAAGUUCCCUCAGAGACAGCGGCAGUGGAGUCACCUGUUGUUGGUCACGUCCCUCGUGUUCCAUUAAAGAGGACCAAAUAUGGAGAAAGGAGUGAAAUUUGGACAUCUGAAGCCUGACUUCGCCAAACUGCGGGAUAUAUCGUCUCUUCUCAUCAGUAAGAACCUGGUCAAGAUCAAACCAGAUGGUGUGGGUGGUGUCAACCCACCUGAUCUGCCCUCAGAAGAGAAAAGACGACCAGAGAGUCCUCGUCCUUCAACCUCUAACUGUGAUCAGACAUCACACUGGCCAGAUGAAGAGGUAGAUGACAAUGAGCCACAGCAACCUGUAAUACGAGGGGUAAAGGAUAGGAGUGAUAUCACCAUUUUCGUGAUAGACCAUGAUGAUGAUCCUGAGAUUUCAAAAGCCCCAAAAGGCUUUGAAACUGAGACUGGCAAACCUAAAUCAAACCUGAAACAACCUUCAAAGAUACCAAAGAAACCACAAAUACCUAUCAUUCCGGCGCAACCUCUCCGAAGGAGAGGAAAAGCUUACCAUGUGACUCAGACAGCAAAUGUCAAAACGAAUAUCAAAGCGCAGGUUCAUACUCCAAGCACUUCCUGUGUCAACAACCCUGCCAUUGUUCCCACUAAGAAUGUCCAAGACUCGUCAAUUGGGGAGUUCUCGAGAUUGAGUAGGCGUAAAAGGAGGGCUUCUGAACAAUCUGAGGAUUCCUUGAAAUAUUUGAGACAGCUGCGCCGUCAUGGCCAGGAGGGGCAGGAGGUGAAGAAAUUUAAAGCUGCCUCCUCCCGUAAGAAAAAGGGCAAACGUUUGAAGAAGCUGCAGCUAGAUCCUCAGGAAAUGCAGUUCCACAAACUGAACCGCGAUCAGCUACAGAAGGCGACUGCAACUCCCUUGUCUCCAACUAAGCAUACCAAGAAAGCCAAACCUUGUGUCAGUGAAGGAGAAAAGCAUGUGAUGAGUGAUGAGAAAAAGGGUAAUAAUACUGUUUCAAUACCUGGAGAACAACCUGUUCAGUCUCUCUCUUCACCCCAACCUCCAACAUUACAAAGAUCCACCUCCUUGCACGAAAAGGAUGAGUCAUUGAAAGCUGGCAUGUCUUCGAUGUUGACCACCACAAAGAUAUUUAGCCCUAGUUCACGCAAUGAUACACUGAUGAAAGAUAUGACGAAACUCACACCUUCCAAACCAAAGAUGGGCCACCAAGCCCACGUGCCUCUGCCGCUUGUACCACCACCACGACUUCCAUCAGCUCAGCCUGAAUUCAGACACCCUCCCAUACCCAAAGUCCCACCUUUUCCCCCUCAAUCUGAUAAGCAAGUCUACGAAACUUUUCCACAGCCACCCCCCAUAGACAAGAGGUAUCCCCGCACUGAAGCAUUUACGUCAUCAGGGAGACAGAAGGCGUCCAUUCUCAAGGAAAAAAUUCUGAAAUGGAAGUACAGCUUUUUUAAGGACUAUGAGCAGUUUGGUCCUCCAGAGGCUCUCUGUGAUCUGCCACUAAAGCUGGUACCACGGACCUUUCAAUCAUUUAAAGACUAUUACGACACAUUUUUCCCACUGCUGCUUACCAACACAUUUGAGGAGCUGGUCAGUGAGUGGCUGAGGGAGGACCGGGUCAAACUGAAGCUGAUGGUUCAGUCUGUUGAUUACGGGUCUUUGGAUACUGGCCUCUUCACUGGCACCAAUGCUAAUUUUACUGCAAAUCUCACACCCCAGCAGGAGUCUCAACAGUUCUACCCAAAAGAGGACGACGUUGUGAUCCUAUGGCUCCCACAAAACACGGCUUCAAAUACUUACUCGCACUUCAACGAUGAACACAAACCAGUUGAUUGUGAACCACAACCACACUUUGGUGUCGUUUCCCACAGUGAAGUUACAGAUUUGAGGCGAGAGCUGAAACUGAAAGUACAGACAUGUGGCAGUGUGUUGUCCGUUGACAAGCAGCAGGUAGAUUGUGAGGUGAUUGGCAGUAUACGGAGUGCCAUGCGGGAGCUCAAUGCUGUGUGCCACAUUCGCGACAAUGCCCUAAUCCACACAAUCCUGGCACCAGAUAAGCACUUUGCACAUGUCCUACCAGAUUCUGAAUCCAUGUUUGAGAGAUGCAAUACCGACCAGGCUAAGGCCAUAAAUUGUGUUCUUUCUAUGGUGAUGAGUGAACAGCCAACCCCCCAAAUAUGUAUGAUCCAUGGGCCCCCUGGAACUGGCAAGAGUCACACCAUUGUACACCUACUCUAUCAAUUGUCACAGAAGUUUAGUGCAGCGGACCCCACUGGGCAAAAGCCUUGGCACACACUCGUCUGUGCUCCUUCCGCUGCUGCAAUCGACAAUCUAAUGGAGAAAAUCAUUGUCUUCUUUCGAAAAAUAAAAAGCAAAGAUGGAAGGCGCAGAGGCAACUGUGAAGGUGUUAAUCUGGUGAGACUGGGCAGUGAGAAAAACAUCUCUGGGCUAGCUGAAAAGUUCAGUUUGCACCUUCUAGCCAAACGGCGAAUAGAGUGGGAUAUGCAGGAGAUUGCAACUUUGGCGCAGAGGAUACAGAACCUGAACGAAAUGCAUGGCAACUCCCAAACUCAAGAGAAGCGUAACAAAGUGCUGGGGAAAAAAAUACAACUGGAGGAACGGAGGAAGACACUCUGUGACCAAAUGAAACGGUGCAAUAGCGGGGAAGAAAACGUGCAGCGGCUCAUACUGCAGGAGGCCAACAUCAUCUGCUGCACCCUGAGCACCAGCGGAGGUGUCGACCUGCAAACGGAAUUCCCUUCCCAACUUCAGGACGAUGUGCCAUUCAACUGUGUCAUCAUUGAUGAGGCUGGUCAGGCCAAGGAGACAGAGACUCUGAUUCCUCUGCUGUUCCGUUGCCCCUCACUUGUCCUGGUGGGAGAUCCUGAGCAGCUCCCACCAACAGUCAAAUCACAGAAAACAAAGAAGCUCAGGUUUGACCAGUCACUGAUGGAUCGACUUCACAAGUGUGUACAGCUACUGAGCCCCCCACACACCCACUUCCUGAGUCAGCAAUACAGGAUGCACGUGGAUAUCCAAAACUUCCCAUCCAAAUACUUCUACGGAAACUUACUCAAGGCGGAUAGAACGAUCGCUCAGAGUCGCUGCUCUAGUGACUGGGCUUGUAAGUCCUACAGGGUGUUUGAUGUUGCUGAUGGACAGGAGAUGAGAGAGAGGGACUCAUAUUUCAACCCUAAGGAGGUGGAACUGACUGUAGAGUUGGUACGGUUGGUCACUAAGAGCUACCAGCUCCGCAAUCCCGGCAAGUCACUUGCUGGGGUUGUUGGGGUCAUUACACAGUGCAAUGCACAGAAGUUUCGGAUUUGCCAAGCCCUCCAAGGAAAAGGCUUAUCAAAGAAAGUGGUGGUGGACUCAGUCAGUAGAUUUCAGGGUAGAGAGAAUGACUGUAUCAUUGUGUCCUGUGUGCGAUCCAGCAAUAAAGUGGACUCCACCGAGUUUCUAGGGAGCCGUCAGCAAAUUAAUGUUGCCAUCACCAGAGCCAAAUACAGCCUUUUCAUUUUGGGACACCUCAGCACUCUGAAGAAACACAGAAACUGGGAGCCUCUAAUAGAGGACGCUGAGAGCCGUGGGAUCAUCAUAAAAACGGAGGAGCGACACUUAGUUCAUGCCCGGAAGAUCCUGAAAGAAGAUGACGCCUACCUCUCACCCCCUCACAGGACACAGGAUCGGUCUUUGCAUCCCUCCAACGGGCCCCAUCUCUUCUGAUCAAACAGCACAACCCCCCGACUCAAACUCCAGUAACAUGUCCUCAGGAAAAGUUCCCUUCACAUCCUGACAUCAGGGCAGCCCCUCACUGCUGCCUCCUAACCCCAGCCCCUCAGGGCUAGCAGGGACUAGUGUGACUCAUACGAAUGUGACAGACUCAGGGCUAGCAGGGACUAGUGUGAUUCAUACGAAUGUGACAGACUCAGGGCUAGCAGGGACUAGUGUGACUCAUACGAAUGUGACAGACUCAGGGCUAGCAGGGACUAGUGUGAUUCAUACGAAUGUGACAGACUCAGGGCUAGCAGGGACUAGUGUGAUUCAUACGAAUGUGACAGACUCAGGGCUAGCAGGGACUAGUGUGACUCAUACGAAUGUGACAGACUCAGGGCUAGCAGGGACUAGUGUGACUCAUACGAAUGUGACAGACAAUGACCCUGUCCGGUGCCGGCACAGUCCAUAGCCGACAGGUCAAGUUAAUUAAGUUCCACACUCUGAAGAAAUAGCUCCUUUUCUUAUAUAUACUGUACAGUAUAUAUAAUCUCCAUACUGGGACCACUGGGUGUACAUAGUGCACUGUACAUACAUAACAGAAUGUUUUUAUAUCUACCUUUUAAUUAUAAAAGUUUCAUGUGGUCAGUCACUUUUUUAUAUCUGUUACAAAAUGGAACAGAAAGGCUGCUCAACAGGGAUGCACACAAUGUUUAGGAUCUAAUUUUAUCUGGAGCUUUUGUGCUUUUAGCAAAUGGCUGUCAGAGUAUGUUAUGCAUUAUAACCAUUAAACUCCACUUGAUAUUA